AAAAUGUCCAGAUUGUGCAAGGGUGUGUAGACUUUUACUAGUGACUGUAUACAGGUAUUUGUUAUACCAAGGCCUGAUGGCCCUGUAGAAAAUGUCCCUUCUUCAAAAGAAAAAACUAUUUUUAAAAAUGUAUAUUUAAUUUAAUUGAUAUUUUUCAGGGGGUGCUGCAGCACCCUCAGCACACCUGCUUCCCACGGUUAUAUCUGUGACAUGCUAUUCCCAACAAGCAUGUUUGAUGUAUCAGGAAAUGCUCUUGGUGGACAUAGCAUACAUUCUGUAUCUGUAACUGCGGUCUGUGGACAUGAUGUCUGACUACUGUACUGUAGCAUAGAGGUACAUAGCAUGUAAACAACAGCUGGCAAAUUAGCUGCCGUUGGUAAGGUAACUGCCAUUGGGAACACAUUGCUUAGUUUAAGGUACAGUAUUUCUGAAGACCACUUGGCUUUUGCAGUGGAUGUGUUAAAACUGUAGUGUAUGUACUGUAUGUUUUUCUAACUGUGAAUGUAUAGGACAUGCAUUAAAGCAACAGGAGUGGAUUGUAUGAGACAGCCAUUCAGCUUGUUGCUCAGGAAAGGCACGAGACAAACGCAUCACCCCGCUGUGGCAAGCUGUCAUGUGAUGGCGUUCCUCAAUAUGACACUUUUGGGAUAUUCGCCUGUGCUGCACAGGCAGCUUCACACCACGGUGUAUGUUUAGAGCACGUUGUCAUGGCAACAGAGCUGGGAUGGCCAGAUCGUGCAGCACAGUGAGACAGAGGACAGUUGAGGAGGAGAUGUAUGUGAUGAUGGUUCCCAAGGAUCACGGUCAUCAGGAUUAUAUUCCUCCUGGGAUUCUGCUGGGAGCCAUGUGACAUCAUCACAACAUGUGAGUUAUCUGAUGUCAUUUGGACACGAGUCACUGUCGGUAGCUCCCCAGCCCAUACGGUUGGAUAUAAAUACCCAUGCUUUCAGUGAGUCUAGCCUUCCAAUGCUUAGAUCCUCACAGUAUAUUCUUCUUCUGACUCACAGAAGGUGUCCCUCGUUAAUUGUUCUGAAGAAGAAGUAAUGAGACUCUGAGGGUCGACCCUCCUGCAAACUCACACCACCUUCUGGCUUACCCUAUCGCCCUCCACCCCCCAUCCCCCGCUCUCCCCACUCCCAACACACACCCUCCCCAGCGCACGUCUCUGGUUUGCUAGUUUCUAUUUAACCCCCCUCCCUUACUCUCUCGCUCUCUCUCACUCACUCACUCCCUCUCUCUCACUCCUCCCCUUAUUCCCUCAAAGCCAGCAGGCUGCUUUUCGAUCCAGACCGCUUGCUACAUGAUCUCCUUGAAAACACCGUUGCGCAUCUCUCUCGCCGCUCGAUGGCUUAGCCUUUGUAGAGUACUCAACAAGAGGAAGAGAGAUGCCAGCGCCAGGACAUUGACUCCUUUCUUUCUUCUGCUUCCCCCUCCCCUUCCUUAAUCUCCCACCCCUUGAUCUCUACCCCCUCCCCUGUGCCCUCUCCUGUCCUGUCCUGUACCUCCUUCCUCCCAACCUCCUCCUCCCCUACCUAAACCCCUGCUCUCCCUCUCACCUCGCACCCCCUUGACAAUGUUACCAUGCAUUAACUGGCUUCAGCCUUUCCUUGCCUUGCUUUCCUCCACCUUGCUGACUCGGGGCCACAACUGUCCGUCCAGCUGCCUGUGUCCGGACCACCACACUGUGGACUGCCAGGGUCAAGGUCUCACCAGCCUCCCUAGCCCCAUCCCCCUGGACGUCCGGCGCCUCCUUCUCUCCGACAACUGGAUUCCCUGGAUCCCCUCGGACUUCCUGGUUCUGUACAGCGACCUGGUCUACCUGGACCUGAGGAAUAACUCCCUGUCGGUGCUGGAGCCCGGCACCCUCAGCACCUCAUCUCGCCUAGUCUUCCUGGACCUGGGCAGCAACAACCUGACAGAGAUCCAGUCAGGGACCUUUGUGGAGUCCCGGAGCCUGAUCAAGCUGCGUCUGGGGAACAACCCCUACCUUAGCCUGGUGGAAGAGGAUGCUUUCCUGGGGCUGACCUCGCUGCGGGAGCUGGAGCUGGAGAGGAACGGCCUGCAGGGGCUGGAUGUGGGGGUGCUGGAGCCCCUAACCUCACUCCGGGUGGUGCGCCUGGAGGGCAACCCCUGGGUGUGCAACUGUCACUUUGCCAAACUUUUUGUGUGGCUCACGGAGAACUGCCACAAGCUUCCAAUGGGUAUGGAGGGGUUGCAGUGUUCCCUCCCCAUGGAUGGGAGUCUUAUGUCCCUGAGCCUGCUCUCUGAGGCCAGUUUCCGGGAGUGCCGGGGCUACCUCUCUCUUACGGACAUCCUCAUUGUCAUCUUCUCGGGCAUCUCAGUCUCUGUGGUGGCCAUUAUAGCCAGCUUCUUCCUGGCCUCCAUGGUCCACUGCUUUCAGCGACUGGGCAAAGCUGGUCAGGCGGAAGAGGAGGAGGGCAACGACUGAGGUGAAGAAAAAGCAUGAUCUGGGACCAGAUUCAGUAUCACUGCAGACAUAGCAGACCCGACUAGGUGCCUCGUAAGAGUGCCAGGAAGAUGGGCAGGACAAUGGGAGAGCAAGGCAUGGACAACGAGGAGGGAGUAUAUGGCCAAGGAAUUGUGCAAGAAAGCUCUUACCAUGUGAAUUCCUGUGCGCUGCAUUGGUGGCAGUCAGCAGCACACCAGGAGGGGUUAAACCAUGUCAGGAAAGAUUGUGUUAAAUAACCUUGAAUGAUACACGUUUUCUUAUCACUGAAGUACGAAAUGUGCUACACUCUUAGAAAAAAGGGUUGGAAAAGGGUUCUUCAGGCUGUCCCCAUUGGAUAACCCUUUUGGGUUCCAUGUAAAAUCCUCUGUGGAAAGAGUUUUUACAUGGAACCCAAAAGAGUUCUACCUGGAACCAAAAAGGAUUCUUCAAAGGGUUCUUCAAUGAGGACAGCUGAAGAACCCUUUCAGGUUUCUAAGAGUGUAUGUUUCAUUGAUUGAACACAGCCUUACUACAGAUGUAGGAUUUUCAUUCGACCUACACUAUAUUGUCACAGCAAAAUGAUCCUGCAGAUACAGGAUUUGAACAUUUAGUCCAUAAUGUUGCUUGAUCGGUGGUUAGGCUAUUAGCUGGCCAAAAGUAGGCUACAUGAAAAGUGCAAUACAGUUAAUAUAACUGUGUGUUACUGUGGGUUUUCAGUGAAUUUAUGUAUAUAUCAAAGCUCAUCUGCAUUUCAUAGUAACAAAAGAGUGAUCAAAUUAAGAUCAUAAAUCUGUACCUUACUUUGGAGAGAUCGUUCAGCAUUCUCUUGAAAUCGUACUUGUACUAUAUUUGGCCUACAAACACCACCCUUUCAAAGAGGACUAUUCCUCUGCUGCCAGGGGGUUCUUUAAGAUCUGGCUUGAGCUGGGAAGUAAAGGGACAAAGAGGAGGACAAGGGACCGGCACACUGCAGUCUAAUGCACACUUAUGUCCAUUGCAUUGAUUUGAGUAGCAACCUACGUAACCUUUGUUUACCAAAGAACAGUCCGAAUGAGAAUAUUCUAUUGUUACAAUAUAGAACACAGAAAUGGGAUAGCAUGAGCAAUCAAAAUGGAUGUUACACUAAACUUUGACACAAACUCAAAAAAUGCAAAAAACUAGUAAAUAUGGAGGGCAUUGUUACAAUAUCUGUUUUUGGAGCAUAAAUGUAGCCUGACAAUGUUUGGUGUUACAAAACCCAAAGGAGUAGGCAAGAGAGCAGAAACAGACUGGCACUCAGGCUAGCAUAAAUGUGUUCUUGGUUAAGAAACAGUCACACGUUAGGUACAGUAUAAUGUAUAGAACAAUAUGCUAAAAUAUCCUGCCAAUUAUCACCCAUAAAUGUAACUAUGGAAAUCAUUAUAUUAUACUUGUAAAUGGACCAAUGUAUUUCCUUGUUUCAGGCAUAAUGUAACUUAUUUUACAUUUGACACUUAUUUUACAUAUUAAUACAGAUUUCUUUAUUCUUUUUUUUAACAAAUUAAGUAUCUUUUUUGUAUGGAGAUUUUACAUCCGAUGUGAGCGAAGUCUCUAAUCCCAAGCUAACAGGGCUAAGGUUAAAAUCUGUUAAUUUAUUUCAAUAUCUUGAUCAUCCUUGAUGUUUGGGCCUUCCAGUCCUUUCCCAUGUCGGCCUUUAUUAAGACUGGGUACUGGAGCCAUCCUCAAUAGACCAGCAGCUAGUAGCAGCCAGGUGAAAUUGAUGAAUGAAUGCUUUUGGUCAAUGAUGGCAUGUGUAUUUUUUUGGCUUCCUGAAACGACUGGGAGAUCAUAAAUGAAAACCAGCAUACUCAUAGAUGCUUCAAGACCUGCGUUUUGAGAGGUUGUCUGUCAAACUAUAUCUGUCUCUGGCACUUGUAACCUACCAAUGAGAUUUGAGAUCCCAAAAACAGAUUAAAGGGCUUUUUUUCUGAUGCACCAUAACAAACACAUUAAAAAUAUUAAGACGGGGUUGCAAAGUGCAAUGUUACAAAAUGUAAGAGAGAAAAUGAAGCAGUAAAAUAAACACAUUAUGCUCUGGAACUUUGCUUUUACAACUUUUAUUUCACAUAAACUUUCUGUUUCUUUGAAUGAGGAUGUACAGUAAGUACACUGUCGACUGAGUGUUCAAAUCAUUACGAACAUCUACUCUUUCCAUGACAUAGACUGACCAGGUGAAUCCAGGUAAAAGCUAUGAUCCUUUAUUGAUUUCACCUUAAUCCACUUCAAUCAGUGUAGAUGAAGGGGAGGAGACGGGUUAAAUAUAUACUUUUUAAGCCUUAAGACAAUUGAGACAUGGUUUGUGUAUGUGUGCCAUUCAGAAGGUGAAUGGGAAAACAAAACAUUUAAGUGCCUUUGAACGGGGUAUGGUAGUAGGUGCCAGGCGCACCGGUUUGAGUGUGUAAAGAAUUGCAACACUGCUUGGUUUUUCAUGCUCAACAGUUUCCCAUGUGUAUCAAAAAUGGUCCACCACCAAAAGGACAUCCAGCCAACUUGACACAACUGUGGAAUGCUUUUGACACCUUGUAGAGUCCAUCCCCCAACAAAUGGAGGCUGUUCUGCGGUCAAAAGGGGGGUGCAGCUCAAUAUUAGGAAGGUGUUCCUAAUGUUUUGUACACUCAGGGUAUGUAGAAUAUUUGUAUUCUAUUGAUUUAACCCUUAUAUAACAAGGUGUAAAUAGAGAACCAAUUCUCAUUUGCAAUAACAACCCGGCUAAUAAGUACACUUUGGAACCAACAUUGUAUACUAAACAAAAUAUAAAUGCAACAUGUAAAGUAUUGGUCCCAUGUUUCAUGAACUGAAAUAAAAAAUCCCAGAAACUGUCUAUACACACAAAAA